AUGGCGAGUUCUUUAAAUCUGGACAUGUCCUGUCCGCGUUUCGAGGCCAGGAGCGCGUCGGAAUCCGCUCCCAAAUCCUUGGCUUUCUCCAUUGACAGGAUCAUGUCCAAUUCCAAAGAUGAGCGCAGAGGAUCGGAUAGAGGACCGACUGGUUUAUGCGCACCCAUUCCUUGCAUGAUCCCCAUCCAACCUUUGGCGUAUGAUCUCCACGCAAAGACGCUUGUGAACUACUCCGAGUUUUGGAGAGCCAAUUUGCGCGGUGCGCUCUGCACAUCUGCCGCAGGAUGCAAACCCAGCUGCGGUGCGUGCCCCAAAACAGACCCGGGAUUCAAGCUGCCAGGAACUCGAGUGAUCAAACCACAGGUCAUCCACCAAGCAGUGACAGUACCCAACGCGUCUUUGUAUUACUUUAACUACCUGGAUGCUGCUUAUCAUCAAUCCGAGCUGCUCAGUGGACAUUUAUUUUCUUCAGUGGUCGCCAACUCGCAAGCGCAGGCCAUCAGUGCGCACCAGAAACUGUUGCUUCUGGAUGGCGCAAAACUGGCAGAGAAGGUACCAACCCCGCAGUACCCACAUAAAGAGCGCCUGCCCGGACAGCUGGACCACCUGAUGAAGGAAAAUCACGGACUAGGAACAGAGAAAAGUAGUACCAAAGUACUCAGCAAAACCAACACCUGUACUACAGAUGGAAAACCGAAGAACUUCACCUGCGAAGUGUGUGGGAAGGUGUUUAAUGCGCACUACAACCUGACGCGGCACAUGCCGGUGCACACAGGCGCAAGACCGUUCGUGUGUAAAGUGUGUGGGAAAGGUUUCCGUCAGGCGAGCACACUGUGCAGACAUAAAAUCAUCCACACACAAGAAAAGCCUCAUAAAUGUAACCAGUGCGGAAAAGCUUUCAACAGAAGUUCAACGUUAAACACUCACGUCCGGAUUCACGCAGGAUACAAACCGUUCGUGUGCGAGUUCUGCGGGAAAGGUUUCCACCAAAAAGGAAAUUACAAAAACCACAAACUGACGCACAGCGGAGAGAAGCAGUUCAAGUGCACGAUCUGCAGUAAAGCCUUCCAUCAGAUCUACAACCUGACCUUCCACAUGCACACUCACAACGAUAAGAAGCCCUUCACCUGUUCCACCUGUGGGAAAGGUUUCUGCAGGAACUUUGAUCUGAAAAAACACGUUCGGAAACUUCACGAAAACAGCAGCGCCUGUUUAUCCAGCAGCGACGAAACUUCCAGACUGCACAACUGAUCCACAUAACAGCCAUUAUUACACACGGACUCAACAACACGGUACUUGCUGUACAAAAUCCCUUCAGCCACUGAUGGAAUGUGAAGGAUUUCGAGGAAUCUCAGCGCAAUUGUAAAUAAAACAGAAUAAAAUAUUAUUUAAAAUGA